GCGAUCGAAACACUCGCCCAGACGGCGUACGUACAGACGGCCGCACAUCUUGGUGCAUAGUACUUGUAUUACAUCUAAUAUGGAAUUAAAAGGAAAGGUUGCGUUAAUAACUGGAGCGGCUGCUGGCAUCGGCCUUUCGUAUUGUGAGGAGCUGCUCAAGAAUGGCGCAAAGGUUUCAUUGUGUGAUAUCGAUUCUGAGAUCGGUGAGCACGUUGCCGAUGAGCUAGGCGUGAAAUAUGGUCGGAAGAACGUGCUCUUUUGUCAGUGCGAUGUUACCGACUAUCCGCAGUACGAGGAGGCAUUCGAAAUGACCAUAAAAGUCUUUAACCGGCUAGACAUUGUGAUAAACAACGCAGGUGUGAUGAACGACAGGUUUUGGGAGUUGGAAGUCGACGUGAAUCUGAAUGGCGUCAUUCGGGGUACACUACUCGCGUACCGAUACAUGGGAAAAGACCGCGGCGGGCAAGGUGGUACCAUCGUGAACACAGCGUCGACGGCAUUUGCGAAACCACAAGUAUCUACACCUAUCUAUACAGCCACUAACUACGCAGUUGUUGGACUCACUAGGGCUUAUGGGGACCAAUACCACGUCAAUUUAUCUGGCGUGAGAAGCAUUGUGCUAUGUCCAGGGCUUACAGACACGGGGCUUAUAAAAGAAAUCCGCAAACAACUAAUGUCUUCCGAUUAUGAAGCAGCCUGGCAACGGGACAACGCGAAUUCCAAGACCCAGAGCGCAGAACAUGUUGGAAGAGCUCUAAUUGAAAUAUUACAAAAGGCUCAAAGUGGUUCGGUGUGGAUUGUCGAAAAUGGACAGUCAGUUCGGGAAUGGCGUGGCUAAUAUGUCAAGCUGCCAAGCCAGCACGCAAGAAUACUCCUAGUUUUUAUAUUCAACAUUUUAUACGGUUCAAAAUUUUGUACAGUCAACUUUUUAAACCACACUAAUAUGUACUUCGUCCUAGUAGGUAUUUAAUUAGUGUUAUUUAAGCAGCGCCAGCCCUAGUUCUUAAUCAAAGUAAUGCGAGAUACCUUUUGCCUUUUGGUAAAUAACACCGUGGUGU